GACAAUACAGGCAGGCCCCAUUCUGUUGUAUCCAGCUGCAGUAAAGUGCAACAAUCUAAGAAUUUGUCUACACGAUCAGAAUAUUGUGUCUUGUAUAUGAAAUAAUCGUAAUAUUUCUGAAACCAUGCAGUGUCCAGAUGACACUAGUCUAAAUACACCAGAAGAGAAAACCUGUCUUUCUUCUGCGCAAAGAAGAGCAGAAAUUCGGAGACGAAAAUUGCUCAUGAAUUCCGAAGACAGAAUGAACAGAAUUGUGGGUUUCACCAAAGCUGAAGCUGAAAACAACGGAGCGUCCAGAAGUGUUACGGCACCCGUGUUCCAUCUGGACUUGGACAGGAGCAACUCGUGGUCAACAUACCCCUCCCCCACACUGUCUCCAUUCCUCCCAGAGGCAGUAGGCAGCAGCCACCCCCACAGUGAUCUCUCAGAGAGGAGAGGGUAUCCCCUGCCAGACACCAGCGAGGUGCUGGGUGGCGGUGUGGACAAGGACGUGACACCGGGCGUCCGUCAGAGGCCACGCGGAGAGGCCCAGCUGGCGGCCGAUGAGCCCAGCCGCUCUGGAUCCCCACGCAGAGGGCUGCAGAAGUACCUGUCCCGCUUUGAUGACGCCAUGAAGCUCCGAGGCCAACUGGCCAAUGAGAAACAAGCCCAGGAUGCAGCCGGCUCAGACCCAGAUGAGUUGGACUCCUUCAGGCUCUUCAGGCUUGUCGGCAGUGUCCUCCUUGCUCUCUUUGUCAGGGUUUUUGUCUGCAAGUAUCUGUCCAUAUUCGCACCAUUCCUCACCCUCGAACUGGCCUACAUGGGGUUGUACAAAUAUUUUCCAAAGGUUGAGAAGAAGAUGCAAACCACAGUGCUGACUGCCGCGCUCCUGUUGUCUGGUAUCCCUGCGGAGGUCAUCAACCGCUCCAUGGACACCUACAAGAAGAUGGGCGACGUCUUCGCUGACCUCUGUGUCUACUUCUUUACAUUCAUCCUCAGUCACGAGAUCCUGCUGUUGGUUGGUCCAGAAGAGGCUGAGACUCCCUGAUGGACAGGAAGUCCCUGUGCUAUGGCGGUGUCACAGAGGUGGACAUUAUGCUGACCCCCUGAUACUGAUCCUUUACCUUACCUCCUUCUCCACACCAUUUCCCCUCCCGAAUCAGUAGAACCCAUAGGGGAGAGGGGGUCGAAGUGCAAUGUCCGCAGGUAGAUAAGGGAAGAAGACAGAAAUAACAGGUUGAACAAGGUAACAUAACAUUCAUUUGUGUUCUGACCCUCGACUACAUCUUGUCGAUAGGAGCUGCUUUAAGUUACCAUUUAUUUUGCUCUCUACAGUGUUUAUAUAAGGGGUCCAGUUACUUCGCAAUUUUUGUUUUGUUUCUGGUGAAUUGAUUUAUCUCAUUUGGAAGACAGGAGAUGCAUUUGUCAUUCAGGGUUUUCUGAAUAUUGCCUAUGAUUUUUUCACCCUUGUAUGCUUAAAGACAUGGUUGACUUUAUCUGUACAUGUCUAAACUCUUAUUACAUUUACCUUUUAAUCUGGGCUAGGAGAAGGAUAGGGCUCCCGAGUGGCUCAGCGGUCUAAGGCACUGCAUCUCAGUGCUAGAGGCGUCAUUACAAACCCUGGUUCGAUCCUGGGCUGUAUCACAA